CACAACUAGUGAGCGGUGCUGGGAAGGCCUGGCGGCCACGUCUGCUAUAGGAGGAGGAGGCGGCGGGGGUGGGCAGAGUGUGCGGCUCCGGGGGAAGCAAGGAUGGUCGGGCCCGGGGUUCUCCUCCUAUCAUGGCUGCUGAUGGGCUCCUCUCCGCUCUGUCUGGCCUGGGAGAACGGAGAUCUGGAGCUCUUCGAUCUGGUGGAGGAAAUCCAACAAAACUUCUACCAGUUCAUGGGGGUGGAGCAGGAUGCUUCAUCUGCUGACAUCAGAAAAGCCUAUCGCAGGCUCUCCUUAAUACUUCAUCCAGACAAGAACAAGGAGGAAAACGCAGAAACUCAGUUCAGACAAUUGGUAGCAAUAUAUGAGGUAUUAAAAGAUGAAGAAAGAAGAGCAAGGUACGAUGAUAUCCUGGUUAAUGGCCUCCCGGAUUGGCGACAGCCUGUGUUCUAUUACAGGCGGGUGAGGCAGAUGAGCAAUGCCGAGCUAGCAUUGCUCCUGUUCAUUAUUUUCACAGUGGGCCAUUAUGCCGUGCUCUGGUCCAUCUACCUGGAGAAGCAGCUGGAUGAGCUUCUCAGCAAAAAGAAGAAGGAGAAAAAAAAGAAAGCAGGGGGCAAAGAUGAUGUGAAAUCAAGUCUGUUGGAGAAAAAUGAAAGGGUCCUUGAGAAGCCUCAGUGGCGUGAUUUACUUCCUUUCAAGCUGGGAAUCUGUUUUUAUCUCACGGUCAGAUCACUGCCACAGUGCUUCCAGGAUGCCAAACAGUUUUAUGCAGAGUACAAUGAGAAGAAAAUGAAAGAAAAGGAAGAAGCUGAAGCCAAGGCAGAGCUCGAGUCUCAAUUAAAAGAAAAGAAGCCAAAAGUGAAAAAACCAAAGGCCGAAUUUCCUGUCUAUUCUGCACCCGAAUCCACUUUUGUGGCUCACGUGCCCUCCUAUGACCAAGGGGUGAGCAUUGAGGAAAUCGAAGAACAAGUGGAUGACUGGCUGGAAAAUCGCACUCAAAAAAAGAAGUCACCUGAAUGGACGGAGGAGGACGUCAGUCAGCUGACGAAAAACAUGGCCAAGUUCCCAGGGGGAACUCCAGGUCGAUGGGAGAAGAUUGCUCACGAAUUGGGUCGAUCGGUGACAGAUGUAACCGCAAAAGCAAAACAAGCUAAGGAUUUUGGUUCUCACAACUCAGGUACAGUUCGAUUAGCUGAUCUAAAAGGCACGCUAAAGACGAAUGUGACAUUACCAGACAGCAUAAUCACACAGCGGGAGGACGAGGAGCCCGUUGAUGAGGAACGGGACUUGUCAGCUGCUCACAGUGAAGGCCUUGUGACAGCGACACGAGCUCGCAGGAGGAAGACCACAAAACCUACAGAGACAGCGACAUCUCCUAAAGAAGAGACGGAGGAAAGGGUCAAGAGCAAGCGGCAGAGAGACUUUGACGUGGAACAGGAGGCUGACAUGCUUGAGGACAGUGACGAGGAGAGCAGGAAAAAGGAUCGGGCCCGAGUAUUAGAAGAGCUAUGGACUCAAAACCAUCAGAAGCUUCUGGAGCUGGCACUACAGCAGUACCCGAAGGGAACAGCAGAACGUUGGGAUAAAAUAGCCAAAUGUGUGCCUGGCAAAUCCAAGGAAGACUGUAUAUGUAGAUAUAAGGUGCUAGUGGAGCUUGUGCAAAAGAAGAAGCAAGGAAAAAGCUGAAGCUGGAUGGCUUGGAGAACAUGGAACUGCAAGCAGGACCUCCUCAUCCUCUGCAACAGUCAUGUGCCUUAGUAUUAAAUACAUAAAUUAAAAUGAUUGCCAACUAAAAUAUUUCAUGCAUAUAAGAAUUAAAAGUAUUUUUUUAUACCAUAA